UGAAAAUUUGAAGGCCAAAAGUGUAGUUGUGUGUUGAGGUGCCUUUUUGACCUAUAAUCAUGUCAUGCUCAGCUUCGGUCAUUUCUCAGGGUAAUUCAAAUUGCUAGAGGUGAAACUCCAGAUCAAACGGGACAGAAAACUGGCGUUGCUUGAAUUGAAGGCUAGGAUAACUACAGACCCUUUUGGAGUCAUGAGUUCGUGGAACGAAACAAUCCACUUUUGCCAAUGGCACGGUGUUACCUGUGGUCACCGCCACGAGAGGAUCACAAUGUUGACGCUGAGGUCCUUGAAGCUUGGAGGCUCUAUAUCGCCACAUGUUGGAAAUUUGAUUUAUCCCCAGAAUUAAUUCAUAUGUCUUCUUCAUAUGUUUAUUUGGAUUUAUCUCGAAAUCAUUUGAUUGGCUUUCUUCCCAUGGAAGUCAGACAAUUGAUAAAUCUAGAGCAUUUUGACGUUUCUGGAAACCUGUUGUCUGGUGAAAUUCCUCCAAGUCUUGGAAGUUGUAAAACCAUACACUAUCUUGACUUGCAAGAAAACUUCUUCCAAGGGACAAUUCCAUCUGAUUUGAGCUCACUAAGAGGUAUUGAAACCUUAUCUCUCGCUCACAACAACUUGUCAGGGACAAUUAUGAAAUUCUUGGAGAAUUUUACAUUUUUGCAAUCCUUGAAUCUGUCUUAUAACAAUUUAGAGGGAGCAGUACCUAUCGAAGGAGUUUUUCGGAAUGCAACUGCCACAUUAGUCCAAGGGAAUACAAAGCUCUGUGGGGGCAUACCAGAGUUUCAAUUGCCAAAAUGCGAAUUUCAACAUUCCAGCAAAAGGGGGUUGAGCCUAACCUUGAAACUAGUAAUUUCUCUCCUUUGUGGGCUUUCUGGAGCCUUUUUUUCAUUUGCCGUUUUGUACCCUUGUUGCUUCCGGAGUAAAAAAAAGGAGGAUCCUUCGAGUGAUUCUGAAAAAUUUCCAAAGGUGUCUUACCAAAGUCUUCUUAAAGCGACUGAUGGAUUCUCUUCUGCCAAUUUGAUUGGUAUGGGAAGUUUUGGGUCAGUUUAUAAAGGAUUACUUGAUCAAGGUGAAACAACAAUUGCUAUCAAGGUACUCAACCUUGAUCGACACGGAGCUUCCAAAAGUUUCAUUGCUGAGUGUGAGGCUCUGAAAAAUAUUAGACACCGUAACCUUGUGAAGGUAGUUUCGGCAUGCUUUGGAUUCGACUAUUGUGGUUCUGAUUUCAAGGCCUUAAUUUACGAGUUCAUGGUGAAUGGGAGCUUAGAUGAAUGGUUGCAUCCAGCUCAGACAAGUAUUGAUAUGAAUCAGAUGCCAAGAAGCUUAACUUUUUCGCAGAGGUUGAACAUUGCGAUAGAAGUUGCAAUGGCAUUGGAUCAUCUCCAUUAUCAGUGUCACAUGCCAAUAGUUCAUUGUAACCUCAAACCCAACAAUGUUCUUCUUGACUAUGAUAUGAUUGGACAUGUAGGUGACUUUGGGUUGGCGAGAUUCCUUCCAAGAACUCUUGAAGAUGGUUUUGGUAAUCAGUCAAGCUCCAUCGGAGUUAAAGGAACAAUCGGUUAUACUCCUCUAGAGUAUGGCAUGGGGCAUGAAGUGUGGCCACAAGGUGACGUGUAUAGUUACGGCAUCCUCCUGCUGGAAAUGUUUACGGGAAAAAGGCCAACUGGUGACAUGUUUCAAGGAUUUUCAAAUCUUCACAACUAUGUCAAGGCAGCUCUGCCUGAGCUGGUGUUAGAUAUUGUAGAUCCGGUUCUUAUUCAAGAAAAAGGGGAGGGGAGCUGAGUGCAAACCAGCAUCUAACUGCGGCUAGCACAACAAUUCGCAGGAAAAUUGAAGAGAGCUUGAUUUCAGUCUUAGGAGUUGGUGUUGCAUGCCCCGCAGACAUGUAUGGGGAAAGAUCGGGCAUCGUUGAUGUUGUGGCUGAGAUGUGUCAGAUCAGAAACAGACUUCGAGCAGAUAAAAUGUUGGAUUAGAAUAAGCGCACUGUUAAGUAUUAGCAUGUACGUAAUAAUCUUGUUUCCUUAUGUGGAAGUCGAAGUUCUCAUAUUUGCUUGAUAAAUAAAAACUGUAUAGUUGAUGACCUUUCUGA